CGGGCUUAACAGAGAAAAUCUUGUUUUCCAGGCAUCGACGAUCGAUGGACGUCGCAAAGGCGCCUGCCUGUUCUGCCAGGAGUACUUCAUGGACCUGUAUCUCUUGGCGGAGCUGAAGACGAUCUCGCUGAAAGUAACCACAGUGGACAUGCAGAAGCCGCCGCCCGACUUUCGCACCAACUUCCAAGCCACGCCGCCGCCGAUCCUGAUCGACAACGGCGACGCGAUACUGGAGAACGAAAAGAUCGAGCGGCACAUCAUGAAGAACAUCCCCGGCGGGCACAAUCUGUUUGUACAGGAUAAGGAAGUGGCCACUCUCGUGGAGAACUUGUUCAGCAAACUCAAGCUGUUGCUGCUGAACGCGAAGGAAAAGGACAGGGAUCCUAAGUCGUCGUCAUUGAUGGCGCAUCUGCGCAAGAUCGACGAGCAUCUGGGCCGCAAGGGCACGCGCUUCCUCACCGGCGACACCAUGUGUUGCUUCGAUUGCGAGCUGAUGCCGCGGCUACAGCAUAUCAGGGUCGCCGGCAAGUACUUCGCGGACUUCGAGAUACCGGAGACCCUGGUACACCUCUGGCGGUACAUGCACCACAUGUACAGGCUCGACGCUUUCCUGCAGAGCUGCCCAGCUGAUCAGGAUAUUAUUAACCACUAUAAACUGCAACAGAGUAUGAAGAUGAAGAAGCACGAGGAGCUGGAGACGCCGACCUUCACCACGAGUAUCCCAAUCGAGGUGAACGACGACUAGACACACCGCACGCGCGCGCGCGCGCGUGCGGACUUUCCCUCGAAGUCGAGUCUGCGAUCGUGUGACUUCGAUUAGACAUCGAGAUCGGCCGGCCUAGCGAGACGACGACGAAUCGACGCUUCAGGAGCGGAGUUUCAACGGCACGCCUUUUUGUAAUUUAAUAUCAGCGAUAAAUACCAGCAAUGAAAACGAUCGAUCGAGUCCGUUGGGACUUCUGUCUUUCCCAGCUGCCAAGCUCGCGGUCGUCGUCGCGUUCCUGAUCGGUUCAUAUUUUCUACUAAUCAUUGUUAGAUUGUCUGUCAUCGAGCCCUCUUCUCUUUCUUCUUCUCUCUCUUUCUCUCUCCUUGUCUUCUAUUUCUGCGAGGAUUCGAGUCAGAUGUGAACGCUUUUUUACCGCAAACGACGCGAAAACGUGUACAAGUGCAUUUAAGGCUUUUCGAAAAAUCUUACAAACGAAAUUCUUAGAUUAUCUCCUUCUUUUCUUCUCCCACUUCGUUGCUAUACUUUUUCCCAUUACGUACCGACAGGUGUACGUAGUUUUUGACCUGAGUAGUAUUAGUAAGAUUUUAAUUUGCUACUGUUGAUUUAACGAAUGAGUUUAUUCACGGAAGAAGCGAUGGUUUCCGCCAUUCCGGCGAUAUGAGCCGCGGAAACCGACAAACGGUGAAUGCAAAAGAAACGUAUGCGUCGAACGGAACAACUGAAUUGGUGCCAUUGCUUAUAUAAUUUUGGGAUCUUGUAAAAAUGAUUCUUUCGCAUAGAAGUACUAUUUCGCGAGACGUACUAUUAUCAUGUAGGAUAAAACGUAGGUAAACCAAAUUGGAGUACGAAUUGUGAGACGUUGCGUUACUGUUUCCAAGUUGCGAGCAUAAAAACGGUUUUCUUGCACUUUAGACUUCUUCUUUUCCAUCGUCACCACUCCUUCGUAUCACAAGAGUUAUAUCGUAAGAAUCAAGAUACUUAAGCAUGACUGACUCACUUGCAUUAAUGAAUUUAAAGGUAUGGAAUUGCAAAAAAACAGGUUUUUCCUUUAAUACAACUUUAAGGUUUUACGCGUUAUCGUGCGGCUGGUGCAUCAUUUCCGAUAUACGUAGAAGGAGAAGCGUCCUUCGUCAAACACGCGAUCCAGAGUGCGUACGUUUCUUCUGGAUUCCGCAACGUAGUACGAGACAUCUUGUUAUUCCCGUUUCAUUGUUAGCACGUUUGUCUAUUGAGUUAUAAAUGAGGUGAAACGGAAGACAGGCAUCAUCGCGAGUGAUCAAUGUUCGGCAACAUUUCUUUCUCUCUCUCUCUCUCUCUCUCUCUCUCUCUCUCUCUCUCUCUCGAGUCGGACGAGUUGAAAGCAUUUAAAAAAAAAGAGAGAGCAGCAUCUCGACUCCGCUUAUUUACACUAAUACACAAUUCACUGCGCUCUAAAAGCAGAAAACGAAAAACGAGCAACUGUGUCUACUCGUUAUUCCGUAUUAGUAAUUCUAUUAUAAUUAUUAUUACUAUUAUAUAUUAUUAUUUUGGUUUAUAUAUCCGUAGAAAUGUCAAUAUACCAGUGUUUACAGUAA